AGGAGGAGGCUGCGGUUGCCGCCACUCGGGCCAGAGCCGGGGGGCCGGGCGGGGCCGGGGCCGGGUCAUGGGCAGCGGGCGGGAGACCAUGAGCGGCUUCCCUCGGCAAGGAGCGCUUCCGGGGUUAGGUCACCCGGAAGCGGAAGAGAAGGGCUGCUUGCUGUCCGCCUGGCUGUCCGGGGGAGCGGCGGUGGCGGUAGCGGCGGGCGGAGGAGGAGCAGGCGGCGGAGGAGGGGCUUCCGGGGCGGCCCCGUCUCAUCUGGACUCCACGUCGGCGCGGCCGCUCUUCCCGGCCUCGGCCCGGGCCGGAAGGAGAGCCAGGGGCCGCGGGAGGGCUAGAAUGGAAGAAUCCCACUUCAAUUCCUCCCCAUACUUCUGGCCAGGAGUACCCACUGUCUCCGGGCAGAUUGACAACAAUAUGUUCAUUAAUAAGAUGAAGGAGCAGCUAUUGCCUUCAGAAAAAGGCUGUGGCCUCGCACCUCCCCACUAUCCAACCUUACUGACUGUACCAACUUCUGUGGCCCUUCCUACCAACAUUUCCAUGGAUUCUGACACCAAGCCAGAACAGCUUACCCCACAUAGCCAAGCUUCUGUGACACAGAACAUCACUGUGGUGCCUGUGCAAUCUGCUGGACUCAUGACAACUGGGCCUGGUCUUGUGAUCACUUCUCCCUCUGGGUCUCUGAUGACCACAGCCUCUUCUGUCCAAACCUUUCCCAUCUCAGCACCCAUGAUCGUCUCAGCGCUUCCCCCUGGUUCCCAGGCAGCUCUUCAAGUAGUACCCGACCUUUCCAAGAAGGGAACUAUUGCCCUUUCGGAAGGUGGGAUAGUGACUGGUAUUGGAGGUAUCCCUCCCAAAGCUCCUCGAGGUCGGAAAAAGAAGCGGCUACAGGAAUCUGGCCUGCCAGAGAUAAGCGAUCCCUUUGUGUUGCCAAAUGAUGAUGAUGAAGACCAGCACAAGGAUGGCAAGACAUACAGAUGCCGGAUGUGUUCCUUGACAUUUUACUCGAAAUCGGAGAUGCAGAUCCACUCCAAAUCCCACACUGAGGCAAAGCCACACAAGUGCCCUCACUGCUCCAAGAGCUUCGCCAACAGCUCCUAUCUGGCCCAGCACAUACGUAUCCAUUCAGGAGCCAAGCCGUAUACCUGUAGCUACUGCCAGAAGGCCUUCCGCCAGCUUUCCCAUCUACAACAGCACACACGGAUCCACUCCAAGCUCCACACGGCGAUUGUCAAGCCGCACAAGUGCCCUCACUGCUCCAAGAGCUUCGCCAACACGUCCUACCUGGCCCAGCACCUCCGCAUCCAUUCGGGGGUCAAACCCUACACGUGCCGUUACUGCCAGAAGGCGUUCCGCCAGCUCUCCCACCUCCAGCAGCACACACGGAUCCAUACUGGAGACCGGCCCUACAAAUGUGCACAUCCUGGGUGCGAGAAAGCUUUCACCCAGCUCUCCAACCUGCAGUCCCACAGACGGCAGCACAACAAAGAUAAACCAUUCAAGUGCCACAAUUGCCACCGUGCAUACACAGAUGCCACCUCAUUGGAGGUUCAUUUAGCUACCCACACGGUGAAGCAUGCCAAGAUCUACAAUUGCUCCAUGUGUAAUCGGGCCUACACUUCGGAGACAUACCUAAUGAAACAUAUGAGGAAACACAACAUCCCAGACCCACAGCAGCAGGUGGCUGUUGUCCAAGCCCAAGUGCAGGCCCAAGUGCAGGCCCAGGUCCAGGCUCAAGUCCAGGCCCAAACGCAAGCAUCACAGCAGCAGCAACAACAACAGCAGCAGCAGCAGCAGCAACAACAGCAGCAGCAGCAGCAGCAACAGCACUUCCAGUCGCAGGGUGGUGGGGGAGCAGGGGGUCCAUCUGGCGACAACCCUUCCAACCCCCCACCUCAGUGUUCCUUUGACCUUACCCCAUACAAGACUUCGGAGCAUCACAAAGACAUCUGUCUCACGGUUAGCACCAGCACCAUCCAAGUGGAGCAUCUUUCCAGCUCCUAGAGACCUUGGCAGAGGGAAGUGGAAAACUUCUUGCACAUACUAUGCCCAAGGGUAUUUCUUGUGUGAUGGCCUCUCCUCAUGCAACCAUUUCUGGCCUCUUCUACAGCUUCCCUUUUAGGGAGGGGAAUGGGGGUUGGUUAUAUCUCAACUUGUAGCCACUUCUUGGCUUCACCAUUAGUGCCUCAACAUGGCACAACAUCACGUUUUAAAACUGGGAACGAAGAGAUCUCCCUUCUUGUGAGAGCAGUCUUUCCCAUUCAGCAAACAUGUUUGGCUUAUAAGGGGAAAGCCUCCCCCCAUUACCAUCUCCUGGGAAGCUAGGAGUUAGAAGGGGAUUCAGCUUUGACUGAUUCCUGGUCAGUGAAGGCAUCCAGUAAGGGGAUGUGUAUAGUGGAAAACAUUUGCUUUGAUUGUCCCUUAAUUCCCAUGUGUGUGGGAGGAAAAAUGAAUUACUCCAGUCCUAAGCAUGACAUAUUACACGUCAUGCUGUACCAUGAUGAUGGGGGGGUGUUACUGUCUAAUAAAAUACUCUAGAUGGCAGGGGAUGGGGUGGGGGAGCACUCUUUUCUCAGCCAACUACAAGAGGAAUUAGCAACUGGGGGUGGGCAAGGUUGCAGCUGACGCCUUUUGUGGCUUAAGCACCAUCAGAAUGAGACGCCUGCUGCAGGCAUAGAAAUACAAACCUGAACCAAAAAAAGCAGCCAGGGUGAGAGUGCCAAAAUGAACAUGCUUCCCUCCCUCAGAAAGGAGGAGAAGAAGUGGUCCCUGUAUUUCCCCACCCCCAGUGUCACAAGCUGCAACCUCCCCCCCAGGAGACCUUUUUGAGGGGCCGGUGGGAAAGGGAACUGUUGAUCUGCUCCUCUCUAUCCAUCAUCCAGAUGCUUCCUUCACUCUCCUUAUUGCCAAGGCAGACUGGAAUGAGGUGGCUGUGGUGGUGACACUUGGAGAGCAAGAAUCAGAGGAAUCUUCCAGAGGGUGGACAGUGGAGAAGAGGCGAUGGUGCAAAGCCCACCCCUGCACGGAGAGACCAAUGAGAAGGGGGGAAACCCCAAGAACAGACUCAAGACCCCUCCUUGAAUUUAUAUAUAAAUAUCUAUAAAUAUAUAUACAGAUAGAUAGAUAUAUCUAUUCACAUCCCAACCCCAUCCAGCCUGCUCUGUCCUUGCUGUAACUGUUUCUAUCUGUGUUUAUAAAAUGCAUUAUCCUUGCGCACUUUUUUUUUUUAAAAAAUCCCUCCUUGAUUUGUCCCCUCCUUCUCCCUCCCACUUGCUCUCUUCAUUUUCAGGUUGAUUCUUCCCCUUCUCUCUUGAAUCUUGUGGCUCCCCAUGGCAUCAUUUCAAUGUUCUGAUUGUCACUUCAGUCACCAGGGCAGAUGAGAAGCCACAGAAAAAGGAACCAGGAUCGCACUAGGGAAAAGAUAGGCAUGCCCGUACUGUGGGUUAGCGGUUGGGAGGACUGUGGUGUUUUAAAAGACUGGUGCAUAAAAAUAAAUGGGUUGAGAUAUUUUUCUAUGUGAAUGAAGGUCCUGGCAAUUGGUGGUAUUGUGCCCAAGGCAAGAAUGUCCUUUUGCCAUCUAUGAGAGAACCAACCCAGUCAGAGCAUUGUGGACACCCCCUUCUAUGCAACACACUCCACUUCCUAGAGUGUAGACACAGCAGCUGUGUGGUGAAGAAGAAACCCAGAAGUGUCCUGAUCAUUCUGCAUACACGGGAUGAACCAGAGCUGAUGAACAUUUCCUUAUUCUCUUCUCCAUUCUCCCUUCCUCAGACUACACACAGACCCAGUGGAGAUGAAAGGAUGAACUGACAUUUCAAGAUCGUGGUUUAGGUGCAGGGACUAUGUUGAACUUGAGUGCGUGUGCCUUGUUUCUGUCUGGCAUGAGUAUGACUUUGUGUGCAUGUGUCCCUGUGCUUCAUUUGUGCACGCUACUUUGGCAGAAUUCUGGGUUGGAUUUAUUUGGUCCCAGUUGUACAUGUCUGGUUAUUGUGGCAAGCAUUGUUGGAGCUAUAGGGGUUGACACUGCCCUUUUUCUAUGCACAAAGAUUGAGUUGAGCACUGGAGAACAGUAUACCAGGUUCCUUGGGCUAGCCACAAUCAUGAUAGAUUAGUGAAGUUGUCUAUGCCAAUGGUUCUCAACCUGUGGGUCCCCAGAUGUUUUGGCCUUCAACUCCUAAAAAAUCCUAAUAGCUGGUAAACUGGCUUGGUUUUCUGGAAGUUGUAGGCCAAAACACCUGGGGACCCAUAUGUUGAGAACCAAUGGUCCUUGCUAACAUUCAUUUGAUGUGAUGGCACAAGGGUUGUAUUUCCAGCUCCUCCUAUAUCUGUACAAUUAGCAAUAUUUCUUCAUGAACAUUGCAAACAUCAUUGGUGGGGUUUCGGUUUGGGUUUUGGUUUCUUUUGCCAGAAUCAGGAGCGAAGAUCUUUCACUGGCUUAAGACUGUUCGCAAAUAAAAACUGUUUAAAGAUUCUGAAGGUAUUGUAGAAGGAUACUGCAUAAGCCUGUGCAACAUGUAUCCGUGCUCUUUUCCUGCUUGUUACCAUUAUUAUUAUCCCAGGGAAAACCUUUGUAGAAUGCAGUGGAAAGGUGUGCCUGUCUCAUAAGCACAAGUGGCUUUCUGGUAGUGUCAGAUUUCUGCAAAAUUGUUUUCUGUGCUGCUUGCACUGUUGGGAAGUAAUAAAAAUGUGCAUUGUUACUUGGCGAUGGACACAAAAGAGGGAGCGAGUGUGAGAAAGCCAGCUUGCAUGCUUUGAGCCCUUAUGGAUCUUAUUAAAACGGAGAGCUUGCUGCUUCUAUUCCCAGGAUGAAAUGUAAGCAACCGUCAUCUUAAGCUUGUUCUCAGUGUUAAGGCUGUGAAGAGCCAACUAUCGUGAUUGAGGUUAAAGCACAGCAAGGCUUGUAGCCCUUAAUCUAAUGAGGGUUGGAGUUUUUAAAUUAGGUGUGGACUAUUGAGGUUGAAAGCUGUGGCCUUGUGCUUCGCAGUGUCCCAUGCAUUGGUGCCUGAGGGAGUUUACAACAUCUUCCUGCUAACACCUGGAGUGAAAAGGCUACAAUUCACAGGUUGAGUCAGUGUAGACUAUUGAUUAUUGGGUGGGGGGAAAAAACCUUGUAUGGGAAGAAUCUCCUGUCAGUUCCCCUCUAUUGCCCUUCCUUGCCUUACCUGAGGUUUUGCUGGUUGCCAUCCCUACCUCUUUGCUAUAGAAAUAGGAGGAGAGUUUGGCCAAAAAUGAAUAGUAGGAACUGCUUUGAGAGGAGACAAGUUUCUUUAUGCUUGGUAUAAAGCACCUCCACAGAUAAAAUGUUAAAAGGUAGCCAAUAAAAACACACCAAGUCAAGAAAUGCCAAAUGUUUUGAAGGCAAUGUUUGUGCCGUACUGGAUGCUGCAUCGGGGGAGAGAAGAAUAGCUGGAAUUUGGGUCAGUGAAUGUUAAGGAGACUAUUUCCUGUUUGUUCAUACCUUUUGGAAUUACCACAUCAGUUCAGGGUGGGUAACUUUCAACUACUCUUUAAGAGCCUCUCAUGUUGCAUUUCCCAGAGGGAGAGGGGUGUUUGAAAUUUCCAACCUCAAUAUUGCAUUAGAACUUUUUGUAUUUAAUUUCAUUACUUUUUUUACAAAAAAAAUAAAUUCCAAAAGCCCUCGUAACCUUCA